CUGUGAGUUUCCCGAGCUGCUGCUCCGCCGUGAGAAAAAUGUUAGAAACUGUUCGGGGCUGCAGUCGUAGCGGGUGAGUUCAUUUCGAGGACAAAAGAACAAAUUAAACUCACUGAGUGGAACAGCUCUUAAUGCUCGAAAAGAGCAACAAUUCAUGUGAGAUGCAUUGUAGAGGCUGAAACAUGCCAGGAUGCACAAGUGAGACGUUGAAGAGUGAUGAUCUGAAGUGCGAAGGCCUGCCUUUUCUCUAAUGAAAGCCAACCCACAUGGCACGUUGACCCUCACACAUGCUGCAAACAUACUAACCAGCCAUGUCUCAGUCCGAAUCUAGUGCUAAGGUGUGCGACUGGCUGAGCAUGCUUCGCUUGGAGCAGUAUGGCGAGGCAUUUCAGGAGGCUGGGCUGGCAACGUUACAAGAGUGCCAGAACCUCACGCCGGAUCUGCUGGAACAGAUGAGCAUCACCCUCCCAGGUCAUCAGAGGCGAAUCCUGGCAAGCCUUGACAAAAUGACCGGUAGUUAUGAUGCAUACUCUAACCUUGUAAAGCCUGAGAGAUCCAAGAAGACUUCUCAUCCUGAGGUUAUAAGGAGAGAGAAGCCUGUGCCUGUUCCUAUGCAAAGAAAAGUGGAAGAAGAUAUAAUGGAUGGCGAGUUAAGAAGACCUAUACCUAGGGAGAGAGACAAACCAGUCCCCAAGGAGAGAUACGUGUCCAACAUACAAGAGAACAGUAGAGAAGAAGGAGAAACAAAGCCUGUUCCUCUACAAAGACACGCUGCUCUUGCAAGAACAAAGGAGGAAGACAGGAGUGGGGCGCUAGAUGAAAAAAGAGCCAAGCCGGUGGCAAAGGAGAGGACUAAGUUUCGUUCUAUGACUCCAGUGAAUUGCCACUCUACAUUCAUUGUGUCUCCACCAUCUGACACUUCUUUACCACCUGUUCCCCCCCGCAGCACCCCUAACUGCCCCCCACAGCGCUUCACCUCAUCCCUGAGCUACUCACCUCCUGCUCAGCACUCUGAGUCCUUGAGUUUAGACAGGAUUGUUGUCGUACCUCCGGAAGGACAGUGCAGAUCUUCAUCCCAGAAUUCCACCCCCACCAGCACCCUUGCUUCCACAAAAGCACCCAUCAAAACUUCAAGCAUCCAGUCUACCCAAACUAGGCCUCAGACAUUAAGCAUACGGCCAGAUACCCACCCUCUGGGUGGGGCGGAAGUCAGGAAAGCUUCACCCAUAUCCUCGGCCUCCUCUCCCAGUGAAGACAAAAACGUCCCACCUCUUCCUCCAAAAGUAGGAUCUAAAGGCCCGCCACCAAUUCCACAGCGGGUUCCUCUAAUGUCGCCCAAUACCCAUAGCCCGUCUUUGACCAACACAGGAACUGAGGAGCUGAUGCAGAGAGACCCCACUCCGCAGGUCCCACUUUGCAGCAGGACGCCGCAAACGCCGGACAACAGUCAACCGUCCGUUCAGCCUGAAGCACAGCCUGCUCUGCCUUCGAGGAGGAUCUCCAAACCUCCUGUCUGUAUUUCAGCUGAUAAUAGUUCUGAUGACUACGAGGAUACAGACCUGUUUAACUCCAGUGUCCAGCGAAGGAAGGUGGCAGACAGGGACAUGUCCCUGCAAGUGCCCAAUAACCAAAAAGAACGGGUCUGUUCUUUUUAUAGUGAUGACGAGCUGUUAGAUGAAGAUCACUCCCCCCCUUGGCAGAGUGAGAUCGGCAGCCAGACUGGCAGCUUCUGCCUGCCUCACACCGGCAGACUGUCUACACCCAUUAAGGAAGACAGUUCCCAACACUCUACUGUCAUCAAGAUGGGAUGGCUGGACAAGAAUCCACCACAGGGGGCUCUUUAUUACCAAAGACGAUGGGUUAAGCUAGAGGUUGACUAUCUAAGAUACUUUGAUAAUGAAAAGGAGGUGUAUUCCAAGGGGUUCAUCUCAACAGUAUUUAUCACUAAUGUGUCCAGCGUGGGGGAGCUGAAGUUUGAGGUUGCCACAAACAACCGAACAUUUAUCUUCAGGGCUGAAAGCGAAGCUGAACGAAAUGAAUGGGUGACUGUACUGCGGGACUGCACCGGGGGGCGCCAAAGCCAAAGCACCAUGAACGCAGGUUCAUCGUUGGCCCCAGACUCUCAGGGCUAUUUGGAGCUCAGAGGACUACGCUCCAAACUUUACACUGUUGUUGCUUCAGAUAAAGUCUUCCUCUAUAAAAACAUAGAUGACUUUCGUAUUGGAGUGGGAAUAACAUCCAUUGAUAUGAACGUAGGAAAUGUGAAAGACUCAGAUCGUCGUAGCUUUGAUCUCACCACACCUUACCGCAUAUUCAGUUUUAUAGCGGAGUCGGAGCAGACGAGGGAGCAGUGGGUGAAGGCCAUGAGGAACGCCAUAGGAGAGGCGCUGUCCAACAGCGAGGUGGUCGAGAGGAUCUGGGCGGAGCCUAGUAACAGUUUGUGUGCUGACUGCAGCGCUCCGAAUCCAGACUGGGCAGCCAUCAACUUGUGUGUGGUGAUCUGCAAGAGAUGUGCAGGAGAACACCGAGGGCUGGGUCCGAGUAUCUCUAAAGUACGAAGUCUGAAGAUGGAUAAGAAAGUGUGGACAGAGGAGCUCAUCCAGGUUUUCCUAGGGCUCGGGAACGAGCGGGUGAACACUUUCUGGGCCGCUAACGUCCCGCCAAGUGAAGCUCUGUCGCCCUCUAGUUGCAGUGAAGACAGGCGGCGCUUCAUCACUAACAAGUAUCGCCAGGGCAAAUACAGAAAAUACCAUCCGUUGUAUGGGAACCAGAGAGAGCUUAACAAUGCCCUCUGCAUAAAUGUGCAGUGCAGUGAUCUGCUGGAGACGCUGAGCCUGAUUUUCUGCGGUGCAGAUGUGAAUUGUUCAACUGGUAUGGCAAGUUGUCCGUUCCCCGAGUCCCUGGCCAGCGCACACUUCCAGCCCCUGCAGGCUGAGUUAAUCAGACAUAACCUCAACACAGAGCUGCCCCAGUUACAGGUGGAGGGUGGUAUGGAUCUGGAACAUUACCAACCACCACCUUCUGUGUCUUACAAUGGCUUCCUUUUCAAAACUGCAUCCAUGGGGCGGGCUGUCACUGAGCGCAAAGUGAAAGAGGAGUUCAGCCGUCGUUGGUGUACGCUGAAUGAUGGCACCUUCAGCUACUAUGAAAGCGACAAGAACGCUAACCCUAACGGGACACUUAAGGCUUCGGAGAUCGUCUGUUUGGCUGUCGAUGCGCCUGAGAAGCACGGGUUUGACUUUACCUUUGAACUCUAUUCGGAGUCGGAGCGUAUUUAUCUGUUUGGCACUGAUGACCCAGACAGCCACAAGGAGUGGGUCAAGUGUAUUGCCAAGAGCUUUAUCCCAGCUACAGCAGAGCCUUUGCUAAGACUGAGUUUUGAACGGGUUGGACGACUGAAGUGUAAAGAUGGCUUGAAUUUACAGAAAUCCAAGGUUGGCUGGUUUGCUCUGGUUGGCUCUACUCUUCACGUCUACCUGGAGGACAGCAAGGGAGAGGAGAUCCACCUGCGUAAACUCAACGAACUUUCAAUUCAACAAGACAAUGAAGUGUUAGUUCUUGUGGAGAAAGGCAGGACUCUGUACAUUGAGGGAGAGAGGAAGUUGGACUUUGCCGGUUGGUGUGUUGCCAUCCAGGCAGCUGCAGGGAGCGGAGGAGACACACUGAGCCAGCAGCAGCUCACAGACACAGAUAUACCCGUCGUAGUACUCAGCUGCAUCGACUACAUCACGCAGUGCGGUUUGACGUCAGAGGGAAUUUAUCGGAAAAGCGGCGUGAACUCCCGUGUGACGGCUUUGUGCGACAGAUUCCGCCGUGACGCCCGCAGCCUCCGCCUGAAGGAGGGAGAACAUCAAGUGGACGACGUCUCCAACACACUCAAACGCUUCUUCAGAGAGUUAGAGGAGGGGCUGUUUACAUCAGAGGAUGCCCGCAACUGGCUCAGCACCACUGCCAUUCUGGAUGAAAAUGAGAAAAUCUCUCAGUACAAGGUCCUGUUGGACAGACUUCCUCGCGUCAACAAGGCUACACUACAAGCUCUCAUCAACCACCUCUACUGCGUGCAGCGUUUUUCUGAGCUAAAUCAGAUGAACCUCCACAACCUGGCCAUAGUGUUUGGUCCCACUCUGUUCCAAACCGACGGGAAGGACUACACUGCCGGCCGAGCCAUAGAGGACCUCAUACAGCACUACACACUUAUAUUUGAAGUGGAUGAGCAGCAGCUGAACAAGCAGCUGGAGGAGAUCAAAGCCAUCAUCCAGAUGCGAGAAAAACUCAAUACCAAGUUUCCUAUACAUCAGAGAACCGAACGUGAUGGCCACUUCAUUUGUACUGUAUAUCUGGAAGAGCUGAAGGACACAGCAGAGCAGCAUGUAAAGAUUCCUGGUUCAAUGACCGCAAUAGAGCUGGCUUACGAAGUUCUGGACCGGCGUAACAUUCCAGUCAAAGAUAAGGAUUACUGGAGCUGCUGGGAAGUAUGUGAAAAGGAGGAAAUGGAACGUCCGCUGCAUUAUCAGGAGCGAGUCCUACCCAUCCUUCACUCUGUUGGCAAUGAGUCCCAUCUACUCAUCAAGAAGCAGCCUGCUAUGGACGCCAUGAUCAUCUACCUUGCCACUAAAGUGGAUGUAUCCAAGCACGGGAUGAUGAAGUUCAGAGAAGAGCGAAGCAUCCUGGGUUUGGGCCUACCCACUGGAAAUUUCCACGAUCGGUUUUUCAUUCUCAACAUCACCUCUCUCAGAAUGUACAAAGAUGUUAGAAGUCACCGUCCAGAACGGGAAUGGGUGGUGAAAAACUUGAAGAUUUACUUGGGAAUCAAGAAGAAGCUCCGUCCUCCUACAUGUUGGGGUCUGACUGUAGUGUAUGACAGCAAGAAACAAGAGAAGCCAGAGAGACACCAGUGGUAUCUCUGCUGUGAGACCCAGUCGGAAAUGAGGGAGUGGUACGCUACAUUUCUCAGUAUUCAGUACGACGGGAACCUGUGGCCCCAGGAUGGCAUCCAGCAUAACCGGGUGAGCCACGCUCUGCCGGACACGCGUCACGGUAACGUGUCACUGAUCCCGUUACGUGGCAGUGAGAAUGAGAUGCGGAACAGCGUAGCCGCUUUCAGCCAGGACGUGCUUGCUCUCUUUAGAGAUGUGCGAUAACGCUCACAGCAGCUGGAACAGCAAGUGUAGGAAGGAGAAGCUCAUUGGAUGACCUCUGAAUAUUCUAGGAACCUCCACAUUCAGUGACCAUACGGAGCAGAUUGAUGGACACUCAGAGGAGCUUGGACUCAUCAUUUUAAUGUGAACUUAUAGCUCUACCCAACAGGACCAAAAAACAGUAAAUCGACAGCCGGACCCUGUGAAAAACCCAUCCUUCAUCGCUGUCUGUUCACAGAGGAAUUUUACUGGAUGGAUGGAGUCAUGGCAUUAAAAAGAAAGUCAGGAAUAAACCACAAAGACUUCCCCAGUUGUUUCCAGCUUGUUGUGCAGCAGAUUCCACUGUUCCCAUUGUUUACCGGAGUCAAAAACACACUGCGAAAACAGGACAAAUUGUAUUCCUCUAAUGUGUUGGUUCCAGAAAGUUUGUUUUAUUAAAAGUUUGCAAGUCUUUUGUAGACGUUUUAACUUUAAUUCACGUUAAAUACGAUUGCUUUGAAAAUCGGCUAUUUAAUUAUGCAGCAGAGAGCUGAACAGGAAAGCUGAGAUCAGAGGAGGCUGUGAUCCGAUUUCUCCUGGAUUGGGACUCAGACUUGUCCGAUGAUGGACCUACAUCUGUCCCUCUGCUGGAAGUCUGUGCACCAGCUUGAUCAAAGCUGUCAUUUCUGCUGAAGUGGGAGCAGGCUGAUGGUUUGUAACAUAGUAGCUUUAGAGGUGUUAAGGUAAGUCCGUCCUUAACCAAAAGGAGAAACAACAGUUUUCCUUAAUAGUAAAACAAGAGUUUUUAGCUACAAAUUUGGUAAAUCAUAAGAAAAUAAAAGAUGUAGCUAAUUUGUGGUUCAUUUUCUGGAUCAGACAGCUUAAGAACACCAUGAAAAGGUUGUUUUUCUUCUAAGCAUAUUUACUUAUUUAACCUGAAGUUUUAUUUUUACUUCUCUGCCGUCUUUCCUCCUCUCUGUUGGUUCUUCUUAUUGCCUGUGUUGCAUUGAUGAGACUGUUAUUAUUAACCAGCAGUAUUUCUGAAGGUGUAGAUCACAAAUGUAUUAAACUUAAUUUAACAAAUGUCUUUUUGUCAAUUUUCUGCAAUGUGAGAUGUUGUCAGUAAAGUGUUUUUAUUGUUUGAGGCAAACAUUUAAACUCUGUAAAGCACAUGAAACUAAUUAAAAUGCACUGCAGUGUCUUAUUUAAUA